UUAAACCUUAUUAGUAUUGGGAAAUAUUUGAAAAUAUAGUAGAUUCGAAGGACGAGAUUGAAUAGUAACAAAGUGAUAUAAACUGGGCUUUGUAGAAUUUAAUGAAACAACAGAUCGAAGACAAGAAGAAAGUUUACUGAAGUAACCGUGCAUAGAAAGAUUUAUCAGAUUAUCUAAAGGUAGAAGCGAUGGCUGGACAUAAUGAGUCUGAGAAGAAAUCAAGUGAUGCCGUGAAUGAUUUGCAAACAUUCAGAGCUGAAAAUUUGCAAAGUAACAUGAAAGUUAUAUAUUACAGCCGAACAUUUCUGUCUAUCAUUGGUGGGGUAAUUGCUGGAAUCUUGGGACUCACUGGCUUGACUGGAUUUGUCUUUUAUUUUCUUAUGAUGACAAUCACUUCAGUUUCACUCAUAGCUAAGGCAAAGUUUUCCAUUCAUACAUACUUUGACUCCUGGAACAGGGUUUUACUUGAUGGCUUUUUGGGUGGGCUUAUGUCGUUCGUGCUGUUCUGGACAUUUGCUUAUGACAUUGUGCAUAUAUUCUGAUGAGGACAAGGUAGCUGCUGUCUUGAAUGGAAAGGAAGCUCCAUUGCUGCUGCUUGCAACUCUAAUUUACAACACCUUUGGAGAAUGGCUGUGAUGCGUUGUCUCCAUAACAAACACUUACAAGGAUUAUUUGUUCAGAGUUGUCUUUGUUUCUAUUGUGUUUUGGUUCAAGAAACCCUUAGUUUAGACCAUACUUGGGAAACCUUUGCUCAUUCAAUUUUGUAUAACAGCUGCUUUAUCGCUGCUGAGAAAGUUCGUUGAGAAUUGUUCGUUAGUUUUUGUGUAUGGGAAAUGGCUUUUUAUUGGAGUUCAAAUUCUACAAA